UUGCUUGAGUUUAACGACUUUGUAGUCUGUACCUGCUGCAUAGGAAAACGCCCGCAAUUUGGAUCUUACAGUGCCGAGAUGGUUUUUGUUUAAUGGAGACGAAAAUGAAAAACAGCUACUGUUAAAGAGCAAUCCUAUAUCGUACACACACAUCCUUCGAAUUUCUUCAUUUCUGCAAUGGAGGACGCCUACGCCAGAUCCGUCGCCGAGGUUUUGGAUUUCUUUGGAGUGGACCCGACAAAAGGUCUUAGUGAUUCUCAGGUAGCUCUACAUGCGAGCGUUCAUGGUAAAAACGUGCUGCCUGAAGAGAAAAGGACGCCCUUCUGGAAAUUGGUUCUGAAACAGUUCGAUGAUUUGCUUGUUAAGAUAUUAAUUGCUGCUGCUGUCAUUUCUUUCAUUUUGGCUUUGGUUAAUGGGGAGACUGGAUUAACAGCAUUUUUGGAGCCAUUUGUUAUCCUAUUGAUUUUAGCUGCCAAUGCAGCAGUCGGUGUAAUAACAGAAACAAAUGCUGAAAAGGCUCUUGAAGAGCUACGUGCCUACCAAGCUGAUAUUGCAACUGUGCUUCGAAAUGGUUGCUUUUCCAUACUUCCAGCAACAGAGCUUGUUCCAGGUGAUAUUGUGGAAGUUAAUGUGGGAAGCAAGGUUCCGGCUGACAUGAGAAUGAUUGAAAAGCUGAGCGAUCAGUUACGUGUCGAUCAAGCAAUCCUUACUGGUGAGAGCUGUUCCGUGGACAAAGAACUACAGUCAACCACAACAAUAAAUGCUGUAUACCAGGACAAGACAAAUAUUCUUUUUUCGGGUACCAUAGUGGUUGCUGGUCGAGCAAGAGCUGUUGUUGUUGGAGUUGGUGCCAAUACUGCCAUGGGCAGCAUACGUGAUUCGAUGCUGCAAACUGACGAUGAAGCAACCCCAUUGAAGAAGAAACUGGAUGAAUUUGGUACUUUUUUGGCAAAGGUUAUAGCAGGAAUUUGUGUGUUAGUCUGGAUUGUAAACAUCGGUCAUUUCCGUGACCCUUCCCACGGUGGGUUCUUGCAGGGCGCUAUCCACUAUUUCAAGAUUGCAGUUGCUCUUGCAGUUGCAGCAAUUCCUGAAGGGCUUCCAGCAGUUGUUACAACGUGUUUGGCUCUUGGGACAAAGCGCAUGGCUCGGUUGAAUGCCAUUGUGCGUUCUUUGCCAUCAGUAGAGACUUUAGGCUGCACAACAGUGAUUUGCAGUGACAAGACUGGAACAUUGACAACUAAUAUGAUGUCUGUCUCAAAGAUAUGUGUCCUUCACUCUGUUCACCAUCAUCCCUUGAUAGCUGAAUACAAUGUCAGUGGGACAACCUAUGCCCCAGAAGGCAUGAUUUCUGACAGCAGUGGGAUACAGCUUGACAUUCCGGCUCAGUUGCCUUGUCUUCUUCACAUGGCAAUGUGUUCAUCCCUUUGCAAUGAGUCUAUCUUACAGUAUAAUCCAGAUAAAGGAAGCUAUGAAAAGAUUGGGGAGUCAACUGAAGUGGCAUUACGUGUUCUGGCAGAGAAGGUCGGCCUCCCUGGUUUUGACUCUAUGCCUUCUGCACUGCAUAUGCUGAGUAAGCAUGAGCGUGCCUCUUACUGCAACCACUAUUGGGAAAACCAAUUCAAAAAGGUUUCUGUUUUGGAAUUCUCUCGUGAUCGGAAAAUGAUGAGUGUCUUAUGUAGUCGAAAGCAGACUGAGAUUAUGUUUUCAAAAGGUGCUCCAGAAAGUAUUCUCUCUAGAUGCUCUAAUAUUCUUUGCAAUUAUGAUGGUUCUACUAUUCCACUGUCUGCUGCUAUUCGAGAACAAAUAGAAUCGAGGUUCCACAGUUUUGCAGGAAAAGAAACAUUAAGAUGUCUGGCUUUAGCUAUGAAACAGAUGCCCAUGGGCCAACAAAGUCUCUCCAUUGAUGAUGAGAAUGACCUUACAUUUAUUGGGUUGGUUGGAAUGCUUGAUCCACCAAGAGAGGAAGUGAGAAAUGCUAUGCUAUCAUGCAUGACCGCUGGUAUACGUGUCAUAGUUGUUACUGGGGAUAACAAGUCAACAGCUGAAUCACUUUGUCGUAAGAUUGGUGCUUUUGAUCACUUGGAAGAUUUUGAGGGGCGCUCAUAUACGGCCUCUGAGUUUGAAGAACUUCCUGCAUUGCAACAAACCAUGGCUUUGCAACGUAUGGCACUGUUUACCAGGGUUGAGCCAGCUCAUAAAAGGAUGCUAGUGGAGGCCUUACAGCAUCAAAAUGAAGUGGUGGCAAUGACUGGUGAUGGUGUUAACGAUGCACCGGCUUUAAAGAAAGCAGAUAUAGGAGUUGCCAUGGGGUCUGGAACAGCAGUUGCAAAGAGUGCUUCAGAUAUGGUCUUAGCUGAUGAUAAUUUUGCUUCAAUUGUUGAGGCUGUUGCAGAGGGAAGGGCUAUAUAUAAUAACACAAAGCAAUUUAUCAGAUACAUGAUCUCUUCAAAUAUUGGUGAAGUUGUUUGUAUUUUUGUAGCAGCAGUGCUUGGAAUACCAGAUACACUGGCUCCUGUCCAAUUGCUCUGGGUCAAUUUAGUGACCGAUGGAUUGCCUGCCACUGCUAUUGGUUUUAACAAACAAGACUCUGAUGUGAUGAAGGCCAAACCUCGCAAGUUACUUCUUUUUCAAUUUGAUGAACAGGUGACUGAAGCAGUUGUUAGUGGGUGGUUGUUUUUUCGUUAUUUGGUAAUUGGAGCUUAUGUUGGUGUUGCCACAGUUGCGGGGUUUGUGUGGUGGUUUAUAUACUCUGACAGUGGUCCCAAACUACCAUAUAGUGAAUUGAUGAAUUUUGAUUCUUGCUCAACAAGGGAGACAACUUACCCAUGCAGUAUAUUUGAUGAUAGGCAUCCAUCAACAGUCUCCAUGACUGUGCUUGUUGUUGUUGAGAUGUUUAAUGCUUUGAACAAUCUCAGUGAAAAUCAAUCACUUCUUGUUAUCCCUCCCUGGAGUAAUUUAUGGCUUGUUGCUUCCAUCAUACUGACUAUGAUCUUUCACAUACUGAUUUUGUAUGUACGACCAUUAUCUGUUCUUUUCUCAGUAACGCCGUUGUCUUGGGCUGAGUGGACUGCUGUUCUAUAUCUUUCAUUCCCUGUUAUAAUUAUUGAUGAAAUCCUGAAGUUCUUCUCAAGAAAUUCCAAUGGUGUAAGGUUUAGAUUCAGAUUCAGAAGGCAUGAUUUACUUCCUAAGAGGGAAUUGCGCGACAAGUAGGAAGCAAGCCUUUGUGAUUGAAUUUUGAACUGAGUCACACUGAAGACACCUUAAUUAUAAUAAUGAUACGUCAAUUGAUACCAAUCAUUCGGCUGCGGGGUCUCUCUUUGCGUUUAUUUCUGCAAAGAUAAAAGUUAAUUGGGAAGGUACUCUGCCCAUAUUCUGAUUACUUUCAACAGCCAACCUCAUCACAGGUGCACUGUCGUGCUACGCGAAGGAGCUGAAGAUGCCUGGUUUAGCAGGAGCUUUUACACGCCAUUUGUUUGUUUUACGUCAAAUUGGAAAGUAAACAUCAUUAGUCAUUUUUCUGUUUUAUAAAAUUCAAAAAGGUUGGUUGUAUAAUUUUUGUUAAAUAUUUAUUGAUUUUGUCAAUCGAUUUGAUCUUUUUUCUUUUUCUCUGUAGAUUCUGUUGUCGAUUCCCUUGAAAGAUAAUAUGAGGCACAUCAUCACUUGCA